AUGUCAGGCCGAACGGCGGUACUGCUUAAAACUCGGAGAAAUAUCUCAGCCGGUCCCGAACACAAAUCGGUGCGACGAAUUAUCAGAAGUCGAGGGAAAGUGAGCGUGCGGCCCGACCGUAGUGGACACAAAAAGCCAAGGAAGACAAAGAAGCCCAGCAAACCGGCAAUGCGCGAAGAUUAUUUCAGUGCGACCGGCCCCCGGAAACCACCCGUUUACGCAGCUCCGAAUGCGAAGAUGCCAGUCGGAAUCUGCACUGCAUCUCUGAUUAUUCAAGCUCUUCAAAUGAUCGGCUUGGUUUCCAUUGUUCACCUAAUAGCAGAAGUCUACACAUUUUCCUUGGUUUGGUUACGUAUAGCGCAGGUACGUCUAUCGUCGCUGUCGGCUGAUCAUAUCUGCAUAUACCCCUACAGAGUGAAACUCUGA